AUGAAUUUUUGGUGUUUAGUCGUACAAACAAAUUUUGUUCGUACGCUUGCCAGUCAACAAGGAAAAGGUCCAAUGGAUUAUGUAAAACAAGGUGUUGAUCAACUUGGUCAAGCUGCUGAAAAGGUUAAAGAAGCUGUUAGUAAUGCAACAUCCGGUAUUAUGGGUGAAAAUCCUACCACUCAAAAAGCAACGAAUAAUUUCAAAAAUGCCCCAAGUCAAGAAACAGGUGGUUCUAGCUACGGUAGUUCAAGUGCUAGUGUUGCCAAUAACCCCUCGGGCGGAUACGUUGGUAGUACUCCACCAUCACAACCAUCCGGUAACCUCGGUGGUAGUAGCAGCUCGUCAUCUGGUGCCGGAAGUGGUGAUUCUUCAUCGCGUGGUGUCGGCGGAAAAAGUAGUCCAUCAUCUCAACAAUCCGGUGGUUAUGGUGGUAGUGGUUCCGAAAGUGGUGGUUCCUCAUCAUGCGGUGCCGGUGGAAAAAGUAGCCCAUCAUCUCAGCAAUCUGGUGGUUCCUCAUCAUGCGGUGCCGGUGG